AUGCAGAUUUUCCCACUUAUCACCUUGGCCGGCAUCGCUGCUGCUGCUCGUCCCGACAACUCCAAGACCUUCAUCUUCUCCUACCCUCACCACACCUACACCAAGACCCUCUACGGAGAGAAGGCAGAGCACCUUACCACGACUCACAUGACCAUCGCCAGGCCUCACCACACCCACACCAAGACCUUCUUCACUUGGAUCGGAAACGGUGCUGCUCCUACUGACGUUGAGGACAUUCCAGACGAUGAAGAACAGCAGCCUGAGGAGCCCGAGGAGUCUUCUGCAAAGCCAACCGUCCAGCCUUCUUCCAAGGUUGCCACUUCUGCCCAGGCUACUUCCUCCGAGAUGCCUUCCAUCGCUUCCAAGGGUCCAGAAGCCAACGAAACUGCUCCUCAAGUUUCGUCCAUCUUUGAGGGUGGAGCUGCUGCUGCUGGUGUUGGCGCUGGAGGCUUGGCCGUGGCUUUGUUGCUUCUUUAA